AUGCUAUCCUUUUGUCCAUCAUGUAAUAAUAUGUUACUAAUAACCACCGCUGAUAGUGGUGUCUACACAUUAACAUGUCGAUCAUGUCCUUAUGAAUUUCCAAUAGAAGGCAUCGAGAUCUAUGACAGGAAAAAGCUCCCCAGAAAAGAAGUAGAUGAUGUCCUUGGUGGAGGAUGGGAUAAUGUUGAUCAAACCAAAGUGCAAUGUCCGAAUUAUGAGAAAUGUGGCGGUGAAAGUGCAUAUUUCUUUCAACUACAAAUUAGAUCUGCGGAUGAACCUAUGACAACAUUCUAUAAAUGCGUCAAUUGUGCUCAUAGAUGGAAAGAAAACUGA